AUGAUUAAUUUUAUUAUUAAUAUAGUAUAAAUAAUAAAAAUAUAUUUACUUAAUCUAAGUAACUCAAAAAGGUGGAAAAAGAUGAAUUUAUAGUAUAAAAUUAGUUUGUAUAUUUACUUUUCGUUAGUAAUUAGGGCAUUUGCUAACAAAGCUAAUGAAAUAUUUCAAAAUUAGAAAAAUUAGUUGAAGGAUGAUGAAGACAUUUUAGAAUUUUAAACUUGUAGCUAAUCUGCUUGCUCUAAAGAUUUAGAAAUUGUUUAAAAUAAUUUUAUGCUAGCUGUUGAAUACACUGGAAUUCUAGAUUGCAUGCUGUAUAAAGAAGAGUGCUUAAAAAUAGAAAACCCGAAAACAAUUGAAGAGUAUAAUAAAAUUAAAUAAGUGCAUCGUUGCUUUUAAUUUUGUUUUAACUUGAGGAAAUUUAGUAAAGAAAUAGAAAAUUUAAAUAAAUGCAAUCUCUAAUGUGUAGAAACUACAAUACAGAAUAUUAAUUAAAGGGACUUGUAAAAUAGUCAUCUCUCUGAUCCCUUUAAUGUAAAAGCAAUUUUUUUUUCAACACUGACUGUUGUAUCAAUAAUUUUUGGAAUCUAUUAUCUGAUUUAAAGAAGAAGGAACCAAACGAUAGAAAAACAAUUGCAUUUAGAUUACAAAUUUAUUGAUAGAAGUUAGAACAAUACCAAAGAUAAUACAGUACCACCCUGA